AUGUCAAAUCCUUCAAAAGAUCAUACAUCAAUUCGUGUUCAUGUACCACCGGGUGGUCAUUGUAGUAAUAUCUUUGGUACUAAUCCUGAAGAAACACAUACGAGAGCUGGAACUAUUGCUAAUCAAUAUAAACAAACACAAAUGAAAUCGAAUAUUUUUGAAACGGACGAACCAGCACCAGCACGUUCUGUUUCGAAUAAAAAUAAAUCAAAUGUCUUUGGUAGUACCGAUGAUGAACAAAAUAAACGUCAAUCAGGUGUUCGACAAGGUUUACGAGAUCCAAAUGCAUCACGCAUGGGAUAUAAUCCAAUUAAUGGUGAAUCAUAUUCAAUGGCAGAUAAUUUAAAUCCAAAAAAUAGUAAAAAUGAUAAACAAACAGAUUUACCAAUUAAAACAAAUGAGGAAGAAAAUGAUAAUGCUCAAGCAAUAUCAACGAAUUCAGCUGAGAAUAGUAAUAUUCAAAAAACAGUUGAGAAACCUGAUCAUACUAAUGAUGGAAAUAAUGCUCAAAAGAAUGUGCAUACGAGUGUUCGUGUAUUUCAACCACCUGGUGGUAAAUCCAGCGGUCCACUUUGGAUGAUUUCAAACGGUGCCUUCGAUGGAGAUCCAUAUGGAGUUGCACCAUUUCAACAAGGAAGAACAUUUAUGACACCACCACGUAAUCCAGCAGUUUAUUAUAAUAAUUCAAGUUAUUCUCAACCAUCAAUUAUGGCACGUGAUACAUCAUUGACUAACAGUGUUAGUGGUCCUACUAACAAUAAUUCUAGUGCUUAUUUAACUGAUUUACAUUCACAUUCAGCACAGAACAAAUAUUCACAUCCUAAUACUAUGUUGGGUACAUCACGUUUAGCACAUCUUGGAGUUAGUGGACCAUUCAGUAGUCUUGGACCUGUUUCCAGUCAUGUACGCAAAAGCUUACAAAUGACAAUUGAUGCAGCAGCUUUGGACAAUAAUGCACGUAUAUCUCCAGAUAAUAAUCUGGAUUUUUAUGCUUAUUCACAAGCGGCACCAUACAGUAUGCAACAGUUAACUGAUGAUGAUCUAUUAAUAAGUGGUUCGAAUCAUCAUGAAGAAAAAGAACGUACAGUACCGCCUGAUAUGUCAUCGGUUCGACAAGCUCGACCUGAUUUUGCAUAUUUUAUGACUGAUGAAUUGAGAGCUGAACUGCUUAGGCGUAAUCAAAUGUUAACUGCAUGUGCAAAUCUCGAUGUAGCAGCAGCUAUGCCAGAACGAGUAGGUGAUUAUUAUAAUUUAAUGCCACUUGAUAGUAGUCAAGCAAAUGUUCCGCAUAAAUCACGAACUUUUCGUUAUCAAACAAUAAGUUAUAAAGCAACACAUAUUCGAACAAAUGCUGUAUGUUAUUUAAAACGAAUAAUGGGUUGUAAAUUACCAACAGUACGUUUAUAUGAAGUUGUUGAAACAUGGAAAAAAAUAAAUCAUGCUAAUAUAGCACAAUUACGUGAAGUUUUUCUAACAAAAGAUUUUAAUGAUGAUCAACCUUCUAUAGUUUUUGUUUAUGAUUUUAUACCAUGUUGUGAAACAUUACAAAAACGUCAUUUUAGUUCAAAUAAUAAUCUAUUAAAAGGUUGGUCAAAUCCUUAUAAUAUAUCUGGUGAAGAUCGUCCAUUUAGUGCUGGAAAAGGAACUAAUCAAACAGGUUUAUUAGCUGAAGCACUUAUUUGGGAAUAUGUUGUACAGAUAUCAGCAUUAAUUCGAACAUUACAUGCAGCAUCACUUUCUUGUCGUUGUUUACAUUUAUCAAGAAUACUUGUAGAUGGAGACUCAAAAGCGGGGCGUGCAAAAUCUAGAUUAUGGUUAAGUGGUGUAGGUAUUGCUGAUAUUCUCGACGGCAAUAUUAAUGCAAAUGUUCAACAACAUAUACAAAAUGAUUUACAAGAUUUUGGUCGUUUAAUAUUAAUGUUAGCAUGUAAUUCAAUUGUAGGUGCACAAAAAGAACAUUUACAAACAUCAUUAGAAAUAGUUCAAAGAACUUAUUCACAUGAUCUUAAAAAUCUUAUAUUACAUUUCUUAUUACCAUCAAAUACAUUAAAAACGAAAAGUAUUAAUGAUUGUAUGCCAAUGAUUGGUGCACGAUUUUAUGCACAUAUUGAUAAUUUACAUGUACGCGGUGAUAUACUUGAAAAUGAAUUAGCGAAAGAACUUGAUUGUGGUCGUUUAUUUCGACUAAUUUGUAAACUCAAUACACUACUCGAACGACCUGAACAUUCAAUGAAUCAAGUUUGGUCAGAAACAGGUGAUCGUUAUAUUCUAAAAUUGUUUCGUGAUUUUAUAUUUCAUUCAAUUGGUUUCGAGGGUGAACCAAUUAUGGAUAUGGCACAUAUUGUUCAAUGUUUAAAUAAAUUUGAUGCUGGUUCACAUGAUAAAAUCUGUCUUACAUCACGCGAUGAACAAAAUGUUAUGAUUGUUAGUUAUUCCGAAUUACAUCAAGCAUUCGAACGUGCGUUUACUGAAUUAAUGAAUUAUGGAUCGACCGGAUCAUCUUGA